GGCUUCGCAGGGAAGAUGCGGCAGAACCGUGGCCCCGGGGUGAUCCCAUACACGGUCACUGACCCCGGCGACGACCCCGUGCGCCCAGGCCCCGGCACCCUGCGCUACGGCGCGACGGUGCUGCCCGGGAAGGUCUGGAUCACCUUCCAGAGGGGCAUGCACAUCAGGCUGGUGCAGCCGCUCUUCGUCAAGAGCUUCACGGUCAUCGACGGGCGCGGCGCCGACGUGCACAUCGCCGGCGGCGCGGGCAUCAUGCUCUACCAGGUGAGCAACGUGAUCAUCCACGGGCUGCACAUCCACGACUGCCGGUCGCAGCCCACGGGGCAGGUGGUCGUCCCCGGCGGCGCGGUGCGGCCGGCCGGUGGCAUGGACGGCGACGCCAUCCGGCUAGUGUCGAGCACCAAGGUGUGGAUCGACCACAACACCCUGUCCCGGAGCGAGGAUGGGCUCCUGGACGUGACGGUCGGCUCCACGGACGUGACCGUCUCCAACAACUGGUUUUUGAACCACGACAAGGUCAUGCUGCUCGGCCACGACGACGGCCACGCCGCCGACCGCCGGAUGCGCGUCACCGUCGCGUUCAACCGCUUCGGCCCCAACGUGAACCAGCGCAUGCCAAGGAUUAGGCACGGCUACGCUCACGUUGUGAACAACCUCUAUGAUGGAUGGGUACAAUACGCCAUCGGAGGAAGCAUGGGGCCGAGCGUCAAGAGCCAGGGCAACCUGUUCGUAGCCUCCGGGGCAGAUAACAAGAAGGUGACGAGAAGGAUGCCGGUCGGGGGGAAGGAUUGGGACUGGGCCUCCAUCGGGGACUCCUUCCAGAACGGCGCCUUCUUCAAGCAGACGGGCAGCAGGGUCCGGCCGAACUACAACAAGCACCAGGCAUUCGCGGCGGCCAGCGCCAACGAAGUACGGUCGCUGACCAAGGACGCCGGCGCUCUCAGCUGCAAGGCCGGGUCCGCGUGCUGAUCAAAUGGGAACGAGCUAAAGCGCGCGACUUUAUAAUUUAUCAAAGUUACAUGUUGCACUAUUUAAAUUGGGCUGU